GCCUGAGGAGCCUGAGGGCCUGCUGGGUCCUGGGCUCCUUGCUGCUUCAGUGAUGCUUGCCCGGCAGCGUCUGGGAACCUGGCCCUGAGGGCGCCGCCCACUGACAUCUGCCUCUUGAUCUGGGCCUGGGCACUGGCGGGAGGACCCGGACCGGGUGCUGGAGGAGCGCUCCUGGGCAAGGGGACCGGCCCGCGCCGGGACUCCGCCCCCUCAGCCUGGGCCUGGACCCAAGAGGGCGAAACUCGAUCCUUAGGACCUUGAACAAGUAAAAUGAAGGAAGUUUGCUAUUAAAAAUAUCAGCAAAGAUUAGAAGCAUAAUCAUCUAGAGGAAAUGCUGGUAGUAUGGCUCCAUGUAUGUGUUCAAAAAUCUCUACAGCAGAUAGUCUUGUUUUAGGGGCUCUCCAGAUUAUGAUUGGCAUAUUUCAUGUUUUCAUGUGGUAUUUCCUAUUGAUUUUGUAUAUGGGACAAAUUAGAGGAGUCUUUGGGACGUAUGAACCUAUAACUUACAAAACAGGAUGUGCUUUAUGGGGAAUUAUUUUUAUCAUUGCAGGAGGCUCCAUAAUAAGAGCAGUAAGGCAUCCAACUCAAGGCAUGAUUACAUUUGCUUUGAUGAUGAACAUCUUCUGCAUGAUUGUUGCAGUUAUUGCAUCAAUUCUAACAACAAUUGAAUUGUCUUCUUUUAAUUCCGUGUCAUAUAGGAAUUAUGGACAAGCAAAACUUGGAAGAGAAGUUUCACGGGUUUUACUGAUAUCUUACCCCUUGGAAUUUUCUAUUGCAUUAACAUACUCAAUCUUUGGCUGUAUUGGUUUGAGUCAUCAUCAUAAUGAAGAUACUCUCACAGCUGUUACAGAGGAAGCUGAGAGCACUUUUUAAAGACCUUAGAAAUGUGAGCUUUUUCCUGGUGCUCAUACCUGAUGUGGGCCCUAAUGAUAUCUGUAUAACAAGGCUGCUACAAAGCUCACAGAUUUUGUGCAAAAGAAAAUACAAACAAGUUGGGAUUUUUCUUCUUGGUAUUCAAAAAUUUCUCUGCACAUAUUUUUGUAGGCUCCAAGUAGAAAGCUUUUCCCUAUUUAAAUAUAUUAUUACAGGAAAAAUUUAUCUUCUCUCUGAACAUGUCAACUCUAAUUCUGAAGCUGUCAACUCUCCCUAAUAGAGCUUUUGUAAGAGACCAUAAAAAAAGAUUUGUGAUUGUCUUUAGAGUACAGGCAAUAAAGACUUGGAGCACGAUACUAUGUAAUUCUCAGGAAAACUUUAAAUAAUGUAUGCCCCUACAAGAAUACAUUUCAGUAUGAGUUCUUCUACCUGAACUAGCUUCUACCUGAACAAAGUGUGAAUCAAAAGUCAUCCAACUCAUAAUCCCUUCAUUGUUUUUCUUUGACUGCUCCUGUCCUCAUUAAAGUUCCUUUUUGCCC